GAUUGGUUUAGAAGGAGGCACAGACAAACGCUUGAUUUGCAAUUGUGCCUAGCUGCUUGCAUGAGGGAAUAAAAUACAGCACCUUUAGAUAGUCGUCAGAUAAACGACUCAAAUAUAUUACUGUACAGUAUGACCACGUUAAUUCUUGACAAUGGAGCUUAUACCGCUAAGAUUGGAUAUAGUCACGAAAAAAUCAGCGUCAUCCCAAAUUGUCAGUUCCGCUCUAAGACAUCAAGACUGAAGACUUUUACUGCCAACCAACUGGAUGAAAUAAAGGACCCGUCGGGACUUUUCUACAUUCUACCUUUCCAGAAAGGUUACCUCGUCAACUGGGAUGUCCAGAGAAAAGUAUGGGACCAUCUAUUCGGAAAAGAAAUGUUCAAGGUGGACUUUGCAGAUACCAGUAUAGUGAUCACAGAGCCCUACUUCAACUUCACCUCUAUCCAGGAAUCUAUGAACGAGAUCCUAUUUGAGGAGUACCAGUUCCAAGCAGCACUGAGAAUCAAUGCGGGGUCUCUGAGCGCGCACCACUACUUCCAGCAGAACAGCCCGGAGCUGUGCUGCAUCGUGGUAGACAGUGGCUUCUCCUUCACACACAUCGUCCCUUACUGCCGGGGGAAGAAAAUGAAGGACGGAAUAUGCCGGAUCAACGUAGGAGGAAAGCUACUGACAAAUCAUUUUAAGGAAAUCAUCUCAUAUAGACAGCUUCAUGUCAUGGACGAGACGCAUGUUCUUAACCAAGUGAAGGAGGAUGUGUGCUAUGUAUCCCAGGACUUCUACAAAGACAUGGAGAUAGCCCAGUUGAAAGGGGAGGACAACACUGUGAUGAGAGACUACGUGCUCCCAGACUUCAGCUCCAUUAAAAAGGGCUUUUGCAAGCCCAGAGAAGAGAUGAACUUCACAGGCAAGUACAAGACGGGGGAGCAGAUCCUGCGCUUGUCCAACGAGCGCUUUGCUGUGCCCGAGAUGCUCCUCCACCCCUCGGACAUCGGCAUCCAGGAGAUGGGCAUCCCCGAAGCCCUGGUCAACUCCAUCAACAACCUGCCGGAAGAGAUGCAGCCUCAUUUCUAUAAGAACAUCAUCCUGACGGGAGGCAACACGCUGUUCCCGGGGUUCAGGGACCGGGUGUACCAGGAGGUCCGCUCGCUGGCCCCCGCAGACUUCCAUGUGUCUGUGGUUCAGCCCCCAAAUCCAAUAUCUUACCCGUGGGAAGGAGGAAAGAUUUUAGCGGACAACCCUGACUUUGACGAGAUGGUGGUCACUCGAGACGACUAUGAGGAGAAUGGACAUUUCAUCUGCGAAGAAAAAUUUGAUAUCUAAUGAACUUGAAUACAUUUUGGUUAAACAGUACACACUACAGGUACUCACUUGAGGGCUGAACUGUUCGUAUGUACUAAGACACAAGAAACUCUAUAAUGAAACUAUUUACUAUUCCACCCCUCAGUUUGCUGGCAAACUGGGAGGGUGCUGGACCAUUACAGAAUGACACAAAUAACAGUCCAUGCCUCACCCAUGAAAUGCAUUGACAUGAAGUGUAAAGAAAUAUUUGGAUUGUCUGUGAAAUAAAUUUGGACUCACCUUUGUUACAAAUAGUAUAUGCAAGUUU